UAUAAAAGCUUCGCUGUCAACUGUAUUGGUUGAGUGCUUUGCCCUACUUGCCUGGUCUGGAUUAGCAGAGGAUGAUGGUUUUAAUUAGUGUCAGGUGUAAUCUCACGUAUAGGACUGUAAGGGUGGUCAAAUAAACAUGGAGCUGGAGGAAUUAGGCGGGGAAACAGCCUCGGUUGCCAACAGAAGUUUUUAUCCGUCUGCUUUUGGACAACACUCGAAUCGGUCUUCCUCAGGAGCCGCUGUGUACCCACUGUCGGAAGGAACAAGCUCUCUGAGCCCGGAGUGUUUCACCCCUUAUGUGUCUUUUCCCAGCUCAGCGACCGGUGCCAACACGCAGGUCACCUUUGGGUGCCACUUCGCCAACAGUUGCUACACUUGCAAAGCCCCUCCAAGCGCUGCGUUUCAGCCGAGUGGCAUGAACCACGGUGCCAAUGGGAAUGUAGGUGGACAUUCAGCUGACAAGCAGGACACAGUCGGGUUCGGCAGGGCCGCGCUUCGCUGCGGUGAAGUCCCGGGUAGGGUUCGGGACUUAGGGGUCUAUCAGGGCUACACGGGUCCCUACUCAUACCCAAGGAUCCCUGGAUACAUCGAUGUGCCUGUAGCGCAGCGGGCAAGGACCAGAGAUCAAAGACGUGAAAGUCCUUUCGCAGUAGAAGGCUACCAGCCAUGGAACUGGUCGAGCAGUUGGAGCGGCCAGGUUUAUUGUCCUAAGGAACAGACGCAGAGCUCGCAUAUCUGGAAAUCAUCACUAACAGAGGACACAGCGCUGUCUCGGUCUGACCCUCGGCGGGUGAGGAAGAAACGGGUUCCCUACACGAAGCUACAGCUGAAGGAACUCGAGCAUGAGUACACCAUUACAAAGUUCAUUACCAAAGAGAGGAGACGGCGGAUAGCCUCCUCCACCAACCUGUCAGAGAGACAAGUGACUAUAUGGUUUCAGAAUCGCCGUGUGAAGGACAAGAAGAUCAUUUCAAAAAUAUCUAAAGACUUUGAACCUUAUCAGUGAAUUAACAGCUGAAAUAAUGCGAGAUCUUGCCGCCGCUCUUCAAAUUCUGCGGUGCAUUAUUUAUGGUAAUGUGUGUGUCUAUGUGUCCAGUCCUUGUUUGGUAAGGGUUAUAGGUUAAUCCAAAUGUUAUGAUAAACAGAUCUAAAUGUAUUUUAAAUAUUCUGUCGACCACUAUCCGUUUUACAAAAGCACAUAUCACAGUUUCGGACAUUAAGACUGCGACAGAAGACCAUUCAUUUGUUGAUGCUUUUAGUCUUCUAUGGCAAGACUAAACAGUUUCUGUUAAUAGUUUUUUUUCCAUAGAGAUGUUUAAAGCGCACUGCUUCAGUUCACUGUUGAUGCACCACAAUAAUUAGAAUGAAUUAUCGUAAAACCACAACUUUAUAAACUGGGAGUAGCCUGUGUGUUAGACGAUACCACAAUCAUGAGGAACAAUAAGGGGACAAUGUAUUACAUGAAUCAUGACGCUUGUUACUGCUAAAGAAUGGAUGUCUAACACCUUAAAUUUAAUCACACAUUUUUGGUAAAUUAUUGUUAUUAUUAAUAAUUUUAUUGUUAUUAUUACUAUUAUUAUUAUUCGUAGUAGUAGUAGUGUGAUUUAAUCAUAGUACUAAUGCGACUGACAACAACAACAACAACAAUAAGAAGAAGAAGAAGAAGAAGAAGAAGAAGAAAUUAUUACUUUUUUGUCAAACAGACCAAGACUGAGCACCGAGCGCGAUUUGCAAGGUGGAGACACAAGCUGGCUUGGCUUCUGUGGUCUAGAAGAAUCAAACAGUUCAUAUUUUACUGUAAUGUUAAAUGUGAGUCUCCUAAAAUGUUCUUGUUUUGUUUGGAUUUGUAAUCUGACGGAUCCGAGUCGGGAGCAUUCAGUUCUGAAAUGCUGAAAUUCCAGUACAAGUAUGGGCUAAAGCACGGCUACUGAAGUUCAGGCACGAGCUUUGUCCCUCCCCCCAAAUCAAACUCCAUCAGCCUUUAAAAGCCUUCUCGGUUUCUGUAAAGCGUUUUUUAGGACAAUUUUCAAUCUUUUACUCGGAGACUGAAUCUUAUCUUUACCGUUGACCUUGACACGCAUUCUCAGACACGACCUUGACUGAAAUGAGACUCAUGAAUAAUGAAACAGCCCCCAUUCAUGGAACUGUCGUGCCAUCUACUGGUCAUGUUGUGCAACUACAGUUCAGCAGUGCUUUAACGAAAAUGCCUUGCUCGUGUAUGUUGGAAGUUAAUUCAGGCGGCAGAACUGUAUAAUGUUGGGCGAAGGAAGGUUUCUCUGUGAUUUUCCGCAUUGUUAAGACAUGAAAUGCUCUGAAACAGAAACGCUGUAAAACAGGAUUAUGAUGCUGUACCCACCGUUUCCUGUGGUCACAAAACACUUCCCACUCACACGCUGGUCCAGACACAAAGCGGCCGAGUGGCCAUAAAGCAUGCGGAAGGACUUAGCAACGGCUAAACCCCUGCAGAAAGCAUCCUAUAUCAUGUUGAUGUUCUUCAUCAUUAUCAUUACAACAACAACAACAACAACAACAACAACAACAACAGUUUCGUCUCAUGUCCUACAUAACUGUAAAGGUUCAUUCUGCCUGCAGAUGCAGUGUGACAUUGUGAUAAAAUGCACUUGGACUUGUUUUGGUAAAUGUGAGUCUGGACUUUGACCUUGAACUAUCUGAUAUUUUUUAUACGGUCAGUGAUUAUGACUGUCCUUUUCUAUGAAAUAAAUGCGAUGCCUCA